AUGGGUUCUUUAUAUCGUAGGUACUUGGACAGGCAAGUCAAGGAAGCCCGACCGGCCAUCAAAGUAGACCCGAUCGACGUGAAAAAUCUCGUGCCUCCCACGUUCAACCAGAUCAACCAGAUUGAGGCUGCGCUGAGCGAAAAAGAGCACGCGAUCCGCGAGCUCAACGACAGUGACUCCACGAUGAGACGUCAAUUGAAUGAGAUGCGAGAGUUCCAAUAUGUCAUCCAAAAAGUGGAGGUCUUUUUCCAAGUGCACCUAGAGAUCGAAGCUAGUCGCACGAUAGAAGAGGCAGAAAGAAAUUCCGUCGGUGAUCCGCUAGCGGAAAUUCCGUUGCUCGACCUACCACCGAAAACUCCCACGUCUCCAACGUCUCCAACGUUUGAAAAUGGACAUGAGGAAAAUAAAGAAUCGGCUUGGUUCAUCUCAGGCGUUGUUCCUGCCGACAAGAAGCUGUCCUUCGAACGAGUACUUUGGAGGGCGUGUCGAAGAACAGCUUUUGUUCGGAUGGCGGAUAUAAAUUAUUCCUUCAUCGAUCCUAGAACGGAAAUGCCGAUCGAAAAGGUCGUCUUUAUCGUGUUCUUCAAGGGCGAAAGCUUAAAGUUGAUUGUGGAGAAGGUUUGCGAAGGUUUCGCCGCACGUGAAUAUCCCUGCCCCAAGUCGUCACGCGAUCGACAAGCUGCCCUACUUGACACAUCAACCAGAAUACUCGAUCUCGAGGUCAUCAUUCACAGGACCGAGGAUCAUAAGUAUCAGAUCCUUACCGAAAUCUCGACACUACUCCCUGAAUGGAAGAAACAGGUGCUGCUCUACAAGGCCGUUUUCCACACGCUAAACAAUUUCACGUUGGACACUAACGGAUUUCUGGCUGCUGAGUGCUGGGUGCCGGAGAAGGAGCUUGAUGCUGUGCGAAGUGCUAUGGAAAAAGGCGUGGAACGAACUGGCGGUAAUGUCGCGCCAAUUCUGAAUGUCCUCGAAUCGGCCCGCUCUCCACCGACCUACCAUCGAGUCAACAAGUUCACCAGGGUAUUCCAAUCGAUCGUGGAUGGUUAUGGUGUGGCCAGCUACCGAGAAGUCAACCCCGCCCCCUACACGAUCAUCACCUUCCCUUUCCUAUUUGCCAUUAUGUUUGGCGACUUUGGGCACGGAAUCCUGCUGCUCCUAUCCGGGUUAUAUUUGGUGAUCAACGAAAGAAAAAUAAUCAAACGCCGGAUAACAGAUGAGAUUUUCAACACAUUUUUCGGCGGCCGCUAUUUAAUCCUACUCAUGGGUCUUUUCUCAAUAUAUGCCGGCCUGAUCUACAAUGACGGUUUCGCAAAGUCUGUCAACAUAUUUGGAAGCAGUUGGUCGAAUCCCUACAACGCGACUACGCUUGACGAAGUGGAAUCCGGGGGUGCCAGCAAGAAAAUUUUAGAAUUCUACCCCGACCAGUCAUAUUCACGAGAGCGAGGACCUUAUCCUUUCGGAGUUGAUCCCAUCUGGAAUGUGGCAGAAAACAAGCUGAACUUCCUGAACUCGAUGAAGAUGAAGGUGUCCGUAAUUGUUGGCGUGGCUCAGAUGACGUUUGGCGUGAUGCUCUCCCUAUUCAAUCAUUGCCACAACCGCUCGAUCGUUGAUGUGCUAUUCAAUUUCUUCCCCCAGCUGAUAUUCCUGACCUCAAUCUUCAUCUACCUCUGCGUGCAGAUUAUCGUAAAGUGGAUUUAUUUCACCUACGAGCCGGGCUUCGUUUUCGGGAUGGAAUACGAAGGUGCCAAAUGUGCGCCUUCCCUUCUCAUCGGCUUGAUUAAUAUGUUUAUGAUGAAACAAAGGAACGUUGGGCCCAGCACGAUGCCGAAUCAAACAUUGUCGAAUUGUUAUCUACAUUUCUGGUAUCCACAUCAGGCCAACGUCGAGUUCGCACUCCUGAUGCUGGCGCUUGGAUGCAUCCCAAUAAUGCUCUUCACGAAACCUUUAAUUCAAGUGCUUGGGAGGAAAGGCAAAGACAUGAAGAAGCGGAGAUCCGAGAUGGAAUUGCUGCUCGAAGAGCCGCAAUCGCUCCGCAUCAAAGAGCUGGCGCCAAUCCGCGAGGCGCAGGAGAAGGAGGCAAAGAAAGAGACACACGAUAAUACUGACGUCAUUGUUCAUCAGGCCAUUCAUACAAUCGAAUUCGUGCUCGGAUGCGUGUCACACACGGCUUCUUAUCUACGUCUCUGGGCAUUGUCACUAGCCCACGCGCAGUUAUCGGAAGUCCUCUGGCACAUGGUGUUUGUGUCCGGGAUCAAUGGCACCGGCAACAGCCACCUGGCGCCGAUUCUGGCGUACGUGUUCUUCUUUGUGUUCGCCCUGCUCACGUUCUCCGUGCUCGUUUUGAUGGAAGGACUCUCCGCUUUCCUUCACGCCCUGCGACUGCAUUGGGUGGAGUUUCAAUCGAAAUUCUACAUCGGCACCGGCCAGCCGUUCCAGCCCUUCUCGCUGGUGCAGUGCAUCGAGCAGGUGUCGCCGGUCACCGAGGAAAUUGCUCAGGAA